UCACGUCCCAACUCGGGAGCGCCGCCGAUCGGUCGCCAGGAUUUUCCCUUCUCGGCCAAAAUGGAGGAGGAGGUUUCUCUCGCUUAAUGAAGGGAGCAGCGCAGAUUGUAUGACUGCUUCAAUGAUCAGGAUUUGCUGAUCAAUAAAUAUUGCAAAAACCUUUUUUUUUUUGGAGGAUAGCUAUCGCUGUUUUCCUUCCGCACAAGCUAUAUACCCAGAGAGCCAUGAGCGCAGCAGCAGGAGACGGACUGGAUGAGGCUGCGAAGGACGCGGCAGACAUAGCGGCGUUUUUCAAAUCCGAUUGCUCUCUUCCAAAAUGUGACUCCAAACUGGAUGGCCCAGGUCAAACCUCAGGGUUUCAUCGCAAUGAGGAUAUGAAGGCCAUCGAUGUGCUUCCCAUCCUCAAGGAGAAGGUCGCCUUUCUCUCAGGUGGCAGAGACAGACGCGGAGGUCCCGUUCUCACCUUCCCAGCACGGAGCAACCAUGACAGAAUACGACCCGAAGACCUGCGCAGGCUCAUAGCUUACCUGGCUACUAUUCCCAGUGAGGAGGUGGCCCGACAUGGCUUCACAGUCAUUGUGGACAUGCGUGGUUCUAAGUGGGACAGCAUCAAGCCUCUGCUGAAGAUCCUCCAGGAGUCGUUCCCGUCUUGUAUCCACGUCGCCCUCAUCAUCAAGCCAGAUAACUUCUGGCAGAAGCAGAGAACCAACUUUGGCAGCUCCAAGUUUGAAUUUGAGACGGUGAUGGUCUCCUUAGAUGGUUUAUCCAAGAUUGUGGACUCAUCGCAGCUGACAGCUGACUUUGAGGGCAGCUUAGAGUACAACCAUGAUGACUGGAUUGAGGUGCGGCUGUCGUUCGAGACCUUCGCCAGCGAUGCAGCGCGUGCACUGGCACGCCUCGAGGAGCUCCAGGAAACCUUGUCCCUGCGUGAUCUCCCGCGGGACCUGGAGGGGGCUCGGCGGCUCAUGGAAGAACAUGCGGGGCUGAAGAAAAGGGCCACCAAGGCGUCGGUGGAGGAGCUGGAUGCGCAGGGACGGAGGCUACUACAAAGGCUACAGUUACAAAAUACAGGAGGUGGAAGUAGCAGUGAGAGCGGGUACGGUAACCGCAGUGGCGGAGCUAGUGGGGAUUCCAACGACCAUCAUCACGGCUUCCACGUGCAUGCAGACGCACACAACCUAGUGGCUAAAGUGACGGGUACGUUGGAUAAGCUGCAUGGGACGCGCCAGAAUCUGCAGCAGCUGUGGCACAUGAGGAAACUGAAGCUGGACCAGUGUUUCCAGUUGCGUCUUUUCGAACAGGACGCAGAGAAGAUGUUCGACUGGAUCAUGCACAACAAGGGGCUUUUUCUCACCAGUUACACGGAGAUCGGGGGGAACCACCAGCAUGCCGUGGAGCUGCAGACCCAGCACAACCACUUUGCCAUGAACUGCAUGAAUGUGUACGUUAACAUCAAUCGGAUCAUGUCAGUCGGGAACCGGCUCCUGGAGUCAGGCCACUACGCCUCCCAGCAGAUCCAGCAGAUCUCAGGACAGCUGGAGCAGGAGUGGAAGGCCUUCGCCGCAGCACUGGACGAACGCAGCACCCUGCUGGAGAUGUCUGCCAGCUUCCACCAGAAAGCAGACCAGUACAUGAGUAAAGUGGAGCCCUGGUGUAAGGCAUGUGGUGAAGGAGAGCUGCCCUCUGAACUCCAGGAUCUGGAAGACACAAUCCACCAUCACCAGGGACUAUAUGAGCACAUCACAACCGCAUACUCUGAAGUGAGCCAGGAUGGGAAGUCUCUUUUGGACAAACUACAGCGACCUUUGACCCCAGGAAGUGCUGAUUCAUUGAUGGCAUCGGCUAACUACUCCAAGGCCGUGCACCACGUCCUAGACAUCAUCCACGAGGUGCUGCAUCACCAGAGGCAGCUGGAAAACAUCUGGCAGCAUCGCAAAGUCCGCCUGCACCAACGGCUGCAGCUGUGCGUCUUUCAGCAGGAUGUACAGCAAGUUCUGGACUGGAUAGAAAACCAUGGCGAGGCCUUCCUCAGCAAACACACUGGUGUUGGGAAGUCUUUACACAGAGCCAGGGCUCUGCAGAAGAGACAUGAAGACUUUGAAGAGGUUGCACAGAACACCUACACAAAUGCUGACAAGCUGCUAGAGGCAGCAGAGCAGCUGGCCCAGACCGGAGAAUGUGACCCAGAGGAAAUCUACCAGGCUGCCCACCAGCUAGAGGAUCGCAUCCAGGACUUUGUGCGACGCGUCGAGCAGCGUAAAGUCCUGCUGGAUAUGUCUGUUGCCUUCCACACGCACGUCAAAGAGCUGUGGACUUGGUUGGAGGAGCUUCAGAAGGAGCUGCUGGAUGAUGUUUAUGCGGAGUCGGUGGAAGCGGUGCAGGACCUGAUCAAGCGUUUCGGCCAGCAGCAGCAGACCACCCUGCAGGCUACUGUCAAUGUCAUCAAGGAGGGAGAGGACCUCAUUCAACAGCUCAGAGACUCGGCCAUCUCGAGCAACAAGACCCCCCACAACAGCUCCAUGGCCCACAUCGAGAGCGUGCUGCAGCAGCUGGACGAGGCCCAGGGCCAGAUGGAGGAGCUGUUCCAAGAAAGGAAGAUCAAACUGGAGCUCUUCCUCCAGCUCCGCAUCUUUGAGAGGGACGCCAUUGACAUCAUCUCAGACCUGGAGUCAUGGAACGAGGAACUGUCCCAGCAGAUGAGUGAAUUCGACACAGAGGACCUGACGCUGGCUGAGCAGAGGCUGCAGCAUCAUGCCGACAAGGCGCUCACUAUGAACAACCUCACCUUUGACGUCAUCCACCAGGGACAAGAGCUGCUGCAGUAUGUCACAGAGGUCCAGGCGUCUGGUGUGGAGCUGCUAUGCGACAGAGACGUGGACAUGGCCACACGGGUCCAGGACCUGCUGGAGUUUCUCCACGAGAAGCAGCAGGAGUUGGACCUGGCAGCAGAGCAGCACAGGAGACAUCUGGAGCAGUGUGUCCAAUUAAGGCAUCUGCAGGCUGAAGUCAAACAGGUGCUCGGUUGGAUCCGUAAUGGUGAGUCCAUGCUGAACGCUGGUCUGAUCACAGCCAGUUCGUUACAGGAAGCCGAACAACUGCAGAAGGAACAUGAACAAUUCCAACAUGCAAUAGAGAAAACCCAUCAGAGUGCGCUGCAGGUACAGCAGAAGGCCGAGGCCUUACUCCAGGCAAACCACUACGACAUGGAUAUGAUAAGAGACUGUGCAGAAAAGGUGGCAGACCACUGGCAGCAGCUGAUGCUGAAGAUGGAGGAUCGACUGAAGCUGGUUAAUGCUUCUGUGGCCUUCUACAAGACCUCUGAACAGGUGUGCAGUGUGUUAGAAAGCCUGGAGCAGGAGUAUAAGAGAGAGGAAGACUGGUGUGGCGGUGCUGAUAAACUGGGUCCGAACAGUGAGUCGGACCACGUCACCCCCAUGAUCAGCAAACAUCUGGAGCAGAAAGAGGCCUUCCUCAAGGCCUGCACGUUAGCCAGGCGUAACGCCGAUGUCUUCUUGAAGUACCUGCACAGGAACAGUGUCAACAUGCCCGGCAUGUUGUCCCACGUCAAAGCUCCGGAGACUCAGGUUAAGAAUAUCUUGAAUGAGUUGCUGCAGAGAGAGAACAGAGUGCUCCACUUCUGGACUAUGAGGAAGCGGCGGUUGGACCAGUGUCAGCAAUACGUAGUGUUUGAACGCAGCGCCAAACAGGCCUUGGAGUGGAUCCAUGACACUGGGGAGUUUUACCUGUCCACACACACAUCCACCGGCUCCAGCAUUCACCACACACAGGAGCUGCUAAAAGAGCACGAAGACUUCCAGAUCACAGCAAAGCAAACCAAAGAGCGGGUAAAGCUGUUGAUCCAGCUGGCGGAUGGGUUUUGUGACAAGGGACACGCCCAUGCCCUGGAGAUAAAGAAAUGGGUGUCCUCAGUGGACAAGCGUUACAGGGACUUCUCUCUCCGCAUGGACAAAUACCGAACCUGCCUGGAAACAGCGCUUGGCAUUUCUUCCGACUCCAACAAGGCCAGUAAAGAGCUGCAACUGGACAUCAUCCCAGCCAGUGCCCCGGGGUCAGAGGUCAAGUUGAGGGAUGCUGCCCAUGAACUCAACGAGGAGAAGAGGAAGUCAGCGCGAAGGAAAGAAUUUAUAAUGGCUGAGCUGAUUCAAACAGAGAAAACCUACGUCAGAGACCUACGGGAGUGUAUGGAUACGUACCUGUGGGAGAUGACCAGCGGUGUGGAGGAGAUUCCUCCCGGUAUUGUCAACAAGGAGCACAUCAUCUUUGGGAACAUGCAGGACCUCUAUGAGUUUCAUCACAAUAUCUUCCUGAAGGAGUUGGAGAAGUAUGAGCAGCUUCCGGAGGAUGUCGGACAUUGUUUUGUGACUUGGGCUGAUAAGUUCCAGAUGUAUGUGAACUACUGUAAGAAUAAGCCCGACUCCACUCAGCUCAUCCUGGAACACGCUGGACCAUACUUUGAUGAAAUCCAGCAAAGACAUCGCCUGGCCAACUCCAUCUCCUCGUACCUGAUCAAACCAGUCCAGAGAAUCACUAAAUACCAGCUCCUUCUCAAGGAGUUGUUGACGUGCUGUGAGGAGGGUAAAGGUGAGAUAAAGGAUGGUCUUGAAGUCAUGCUCAGUGUCCCCAAGAGAGCCAAUGAUGCCAUGCACCUCUCAAUGCUGGAUGGGUUUGAUGGGAACAUCGACUCCCAGGGAGAGUUGAUACUUCAGGAGUCCUUCCAGGUUUGGGAUCCCAAGACUCUGAUCCGGAAGGGUCGCGACCGACACCUCUUCCUCUUCGAGAUGUCGCUGGUCUUCAGCAAAGAAGUCAAAGACUCCAACGGGCGCAGCAAAUACCUGUUCAAGAGCAAGCUCUUUACAUCCGAGCUUGGAGUGACAGAACAUGUGGAGGGAGAUCCUUGUAAGUUUGCCCUGUGGGUGGGCAGAACCCCGACUUCAGACAACAAGAUCGUCCUCAAGGCUUCAAGUAUUGAGAACAAGCAGGACUGGAUCAAACACAUCCGGGAGGUCAUCCAGGAGCGAACUGUCCACCUGCGUGGAGCUCUGAAGGAGCCCAUCCACAUCCCUAAAGCCACCACAGCUAAACAUAAAGGCAGACGGGAUGGAGAGGAACUGGACAGCCAGGGAGACGCCAGCAGCCAACCGGACACCAUCUCCAUCGCCUCACGUACAUCCCAGAACACACUGGACAGUGAUAAGCUGUCCGGUGGCUGUGAGUUGACAGUGGUGAUCCAUGACUUUAUGGCCAGUAAUGGUGGCAGCAGUGGGGAGCUGACGGUGAGGCGAGGCCAGACUGUGGAGGUUCUGGAGCGACUCCACGACAAGCCGGACUGGUGCCUGGUGAGGACCACGGACCGCUCUCCAGCCCAGGAGGGCAUCGUACCCUGCUCCAUGCUCUGUAUCGCUCACUCCAGGUCCUCCAUGGAGAUGGAGGGGCUCUUCAACCACAAAGACACCUUGUCUGUAUCCAGUAACGACGCCCUACAACCAGGCUCCAGCCAAACCCUGGGUCCUCACAGCUCGCCAGGCCCCAAACGACCCGGCAACACCUUGAGGAAGUGGCUGACCAGCCCCGUGCGGCGGCUGAGCUCCGGCAAAGCCGACGGCCACGUCAAGAAGCUCGCCCACAAGCACAAGAAGAACCGCGACGGCACGAGGAAGAACAUGGACACGAUGGCCGGGUCGCAGAAGGACUCCGACGACAGCGCCGCCACGCCGCAGGACGAAACCCUGGAGGAACGUAUGCGUAAUGAGGGGCUGAGCAGUGGUACCCUGUCCAAGUCUUCGUCAUCAGGCAUGCAGAGCUGCGGUGAGGAGGAAGGAGAGGAGGGAGCCGACGCUGUCCCUCUACCUCCCCCUAUGGCCAUCCAGCAACACAGCCUGCUGCAGCCCGACUCCCAGGACGACAAGUCCGCAUCUCGUCUGUCCGCUCGUCCCAACAGUUCAGAGACACCCAGUGCUGCUGAACUGGUCAGUGCCAUCGAAGAGCUGGUGAAGAGCAAGAUGUCCCUGGAGGAUCGUCCCAGUUCUCUGUCAGUAGAGCAAGGCGACAGCAGCUCUCCCUCUCUCAACCCCUCCGACAACUCCCUCCUCUCCUCUUCCUCACCCAUCGACGAGGUGGAAGAGCGCAAGUCUGGCUUCUUCAAGAGGAGACAUUAUGUGCUUCUGGAGCUGGUGGAGACUGAGAGAGACUAUGUCAGAGAUCUGGGAUCAGUGGUGGAGGGCUACAUGAGCAGGAUGAAAGAGGAAGGAGUUCCAGAUGACAUGAGAGGAAAAGACAAGAUCGUCUUUGGAAACAUCCACCAGAUCUAUGACUGGCACAAAGAUCUUUUCCUGGGAGAGCUUGAGAAGUGUUUGGAGGAUCCUGACAGGUUGGCUCCUUUAUUCGUCAAACAGGAGCGGAGGCUACACAUGUACAUCGUCUACUGCCAGAACAAACCGAAAUCUGAGCACAUUGUGUCAGAAUACAUUGACACUUACUUUGAAGACCUCAAGCAGCGACUGGGCCACAGAUUGCAGAUCACUGACCUGCUGAUCAAACCCGUCCAACGUAUCAUGAAGUACCAGUUACUACUGAAGGAUCUUCACAAAAUUACUAAGAAGGCUGGAGCGGAUACGACUGAGCUGGAGAAAGCUGUGGAGGUGAUGUGUGUGGUUCCCAAGCGCUGCAAUGACAUGAUGAAUGUUGGGCGCCUUCAAGGCUUCGAUGGUAAAAUUGUGGCACAGGGCAGAUUGCUCCUCCAAGACACCUUCAUGGUGUCAGACCAGGACGGAGGACUUCUGUCCAGGAUGAAAGAGAGGAGAGUCUUCCUGUUUGAGCAGAUCGUCAUCUUCAGCGAACCCAUAGACAAAAAGAAGGGCUUCUCUUCUCCUGGCUACCUCUUCAAGAACAACAUCAAGGUGAGCUGGUUGGGUUUAGAAGAAAAUGCAGACGACCCCUGCAAGUUCACGCUCACCUCCAGAUCAUCGAGUGGCACCCUGGAGAGGUACACCCUCCAUUCGAUGAGCCCUGGAGUCAGUCAAGUCUGGGUGCACCAGGUCAGCCAGAUACUGGAGAACCAGCGCAAUUUCCUUAAUGCUCUGACAUCCCCCAUAGAGUACCAGAGGAACCACGUAGGUGGUGGCGGGCCGGGCGGUCCACCCAGCAGUAGCAGCGGUAGUACUGGAGGCCUGCCAGGAGGCAGCAGUCCCAACAGUACCUCCAACAUGGGAGGGGGAGGUGGCGGCGGCGGCUCUGGAGGAUCAGGGAGCAGCUCCUCUUCUCUGUGCGGCCCUCGCUCCCGACCCUCCCGCAUCCCCCAGCCAUCCUCACGCCUCCCCCAGCCCGUCCACCACCACCAUCCCCCGGGCCCCGAGGGGCCCGACAGAUCAGCAGGUAUGUGGUCACCCUGCCACCCUCAGUCCCUCCCCUCUAACCCCUACUCAGACACCACCACCAAUGGAGAGGUGUUAGCCUCAGAGGUCCCUAUGAUGAGGAUGCUGGAUAGUCCUCAUGGAAGUAACAGUAAUAACAGUAACAGGGCAUCAGACAGCAUGGAAGGCAGUGUCAAACCGGGUCUGGGGAGCUAUGAAGAAACCCAGAAACAUCAAACAGCUGCUAUACCACAGAUGGCCGUGGCUCCUCUGAAUUUGCCCCUAAAAAACCCUCGAGUUGGGAAGGUUUCUCCUCUGAUUUCACCUCAGUCCCCUGGAGGUGGAGGAAAGGAAGCAGUUGUCCCCUCCAGCCCAGCUCAUAAAGGCAACGCCUUCUGGGCUAUGGUCCCUGCUAUGCCUCCCUCUCCCGCCAGCCGGCCUGGUUCCUUCUCCUACCCCAAUGACAGUGGUGGUGGAGGGGACUCUUUGGGCAGAGGAAGCCACGGGACGCCCUCUCAUCACCGCCACUCCACCCACAGUAAGGACAUAGACCGUAUGAGCACCUGCUCCUCCACCAGCGAGCAGUCCAUACACUCCACCCAGAGUAACGGGAGUGAAAGCAGUAGCAGCAGCAGUGUGUCCACCAUGUUGGUGACCCAGGACUAUGUGGCAGUGAAGGAGGAUGAGAUCAGUGUGGUGCAGGGUGAGGUGGUCCAAAUGCUAGCCAGCAACCAGCAAAACAUGUUCCUAGUGUACCGGGCCUCCAAUGAGCACUGCCCUGCCGCUGAGGGCUGGAUCCCUGGCUACGUAUUAGGACAUACUUCAUCCUCCGUCACACCCGAAACACCUGAAGGAACCAUUAAAAAAUCAUUAUCAUGGCAUACAGCACUCCGUAUCCGCCGAAAGUCUGAGAAGAGAGACAAGGACGGCAGGAAGCUGGAGAACGGCUACCGCAAGUCUCAGGACGGCCUGGCCAACAAAGUCUCUGUCAAGGUAGAGAGUGUGAAGAUAUGUUUUUUUUUACAAACCCAAUUCAUUUGCUCUUUACAUUUAAGUUUGUGCAAGAAAUCUAAUUCUGUCCUUACAUUUUCAUUACAGCUUCUAAAUCCCAACUUCAUCCAUGAUGCUCCUCCAGAGUUCCUCAUCCCUGUCAGCGAUGUAGCAUGUGAGGGUGGCGACAGCGUCACUCUGAGGUGUAAAGUGUGUGGUCGACCCCGGGCCACCGUCACUUGGCGGGGACCUGACAACAACACUCUGAGCAACAACGGACACUACAGCAUCACUUACAGCGAGACAGGAGAGGCAGCUCUUCGUAUCCUGGGAGUGUCUGUAGAGGACAGUGGUGUGUACACCUGUGUUGCCACAAAUGUAGCAGGCUCCGUCAUCUCCUCCGCCAGCCUCAGAGUCUCAGGAACCCCUGAUGAUGGCAGUGAAGUCCUCUGGAAAAGCAGCUUUGAGUCUCACUACACAGAAAUCGCUGAACUCGGAAGGGGCCGCUUCUCAGUGACUAAGCGGUGUGACCAGAAGGGGAGUAAACGGACAAUUGCAGCAAAACACAUAAACAAGAAGCUGCUGCGUCGAGAGCAGGUGCUGCAGGAGGUCCGACUCCUACAGGCUGUGGACCAUCCCAACCUGGUCAGGCUGCUGGACACGUAUGAGACGGCCAACAGCUACGUACUUGUACAAGAGAUGGCAGACCAGGGACGUUUCCUGGACUACAUCGUGAGCUGGGGCAACCUGACGGAGGAGAAGGUGGCUCUCUACCUCAGAGAUAUUCUUGAAGCUGUCCACUACCUGCACAGCUGGAGGAUAGCACACCUCGAUCUCAAACCAGAGAACAUAAUGGUGGAACAUGCGUCUUCCCAGCCAGUGCUCAAGCUGACAGACUUUGGUGAUGCCGUUCAGCUGAAUCCUCCCUCCUUCUACAUCCAUCCUCUCCUGGGGAGCCCAGAGUUCUCUGCUCCUGAGCUGAUCCUGGGUCAGCCUGCCUCGCUGAUGUCUGACCUCUGGAGCUUAGGGGUGGUGACCUACGUUGUACUAAGCGGCGCCUCUCCCUUCCUGGAUGAGAGUUUGGAGGAGACGUGUCUGAACAUCUGUCGCCUGGACUUUAGCUUCCCUGAGGACUACUUCCAGGGUGUGAGCCCAGCUGCCAGGGACUUUGUCUGCCUGCUGCUCCAGGGCGAGCCGGAGCGACGGCCUUCUGCGGCGUCCUGCCUGCAGGAGCCGUGGCUCCAGCCUCGAGGUGCAAUAAACACUGGCCACGCCACCUUAAAUCACACGCUGCCACCAUCCCAGAAUCAUCACAUCUCACAUCUGGACACCUCCAGACUCAUUUCCUUCAUCGAGAGACGGAAACACCAGAACGACGUUCGGCCCAUUGGCACCAUUAAGGCCUUCCUUCACAGCCGCCUGCUCAACCACAUCUAACCAAACAGGUCACUAGGGAGAUGUGACAGCAACAUGUACUGUAAACACCUGUUCCUGCAUUGUUGUGGUAUAGAAGGAAUUCCUACCUGUCCAGCACACUAUGGAGGAUGCGUAACAAGUUAACUUUGUUCAGUUGAGCUGUGCUACUGAGAGGACCACCAGCAACAUUUCCACAAUGAUCACCUUUUCCUUCACUAAGCCACAAAAGUCCUGCUGCUGCUGACUGACCGACCUCUGCUGAUAAACCCUUUGACUCUCCCCAACUCCCCUCCUUAACCUUGGCAUAUUGUCAUUAUGCCUGCACAACAAAUGAACUGUUGGAAUCCGUUUGAGAUUUCAAACCUCGACUUAGCAGGGAGAGAAAACCAAGCUUUCUCAACAAGCUUCCUCAGCAAGUUUGAGCAAGUCUUGCGUUUCGGACAGUGUUGAAACAGAGGAAAUAGAAUACUGUAUAAUAAGAGUAAUUCAGGCUGCUUUCGGUUGAACACAAGAAAAUGUUUUUUUUUGUAACGAGAGAUUACUUUUUGUAAAUGAAACCAUGUACAGCGAGGAAACAGAGAACUGUCUUUAUUCAUACCUUUUGGAAAACAAAGGUGAGUUAGUAAGUAGAAAGAAAUGAGAACGAGAAGUGAGAUGUGUGAACAAAGUGGCACCCAUCAGCAGGGUCCACUUACUCGAGAACACGAUGAAGACCAAAACCACGUUUUCCAGAAACACAUUAUAGUUACAUUCAGUGCAAUAGUGCAGUUUGCUUAUCUUUAUGCCCCCCGUUCAGUUUGAAAGGUGAAAUCAUUUCAGUUUGUGACACUUAAGAGAAACUAAAUUAACUUGAACAAGCGUUAAAGCUAUUCGGCAAAGCUUCUCAGAUUUUUACCUGCAUCCGCCUUAUUUGUAAAUAACGUAUUCCUGCCUUUCAUUCUCAUUUUGAAGAAUUUGUCUCAAACGAACAAAAGCUAUUUUCAUUUGCCGAGUAUUAGUGCAGAUGUUGAGGUAAGUCACUCCCCGCGGACCCUCAGCAGCUGGAUUCUCACUAUGAACAAACCGCUACUAGAAAUGCACUCGUAUUUUGCAUCAAUUCCCAUGUGCAAUGUUGCAGCUUUAACAUUUAUGCAACUAUUUAUGAAGACUUUGUGUUGUAGCCGUAUUCUUAAAAAGGCAUGUACGUACCUGGUACUGCGAUAGAUGUCUGUAUUGUGUUAACUCUUAUGUAUUAAGUUCAGUAUUAAUAUCUGCAAAACCCCCAGACAAGAGGAGGGGUUUUGGGAAAUAAUGUAUAAAAAUGUGUAUCUAUAAAAUAUAGGCACUUAUGCUUUCAUUUUGUCAUUAUUAUUAUUUUCCGUAACAAUACCAAAGUUGACUUUGCUUUUCUUUUCCUGCUAAAAUGUGUGUGUUUUUCUUUUUUUAUGAUUUUUCAUGUUAAGUUAUAACAGACCACACUGAACCAGGACAUGUGAGUGUUUCCAUAGGUUCAGUCUGGCUUUAUUUAUUCUUAUUGUAAUAAGAAAUUGUUUGGUGGAUUCUUGCUGAAAAAAAACUAAUAUUUCACUCGUCUUUUUUCAAGCUGUGCACAAAGUGGUUUUGCUGUGUGAGUUUGUUUGGCUUUUGUAGGUAGAUGCUGGUGUAUGUCGCUACAUUUUUUUUUUUUUAGCAUCUCAGUUUGAUGUCACGAGACAGACUUGGUUGACAUGUUAACCAAGCUGGAAAAUGUCUCAUUGUGGCCCAUUCACCACAGACUUUAAAUUAAAGGAGAAUGCAUUAAACCUUUUCGGACACACACAAAUCUUGUACCACCAAUAGUUCAACUGUAUCCCCUUUGAUAAAUAUCAUUCAGCAUUAACAGGUUUCUGCCAUGAAAAGGUCUCUUCCAGUUAUUUUCAUUUGAAUGAGUUGAUGUCUUUUUGGUUACGAAGUUGUUGAAAACUUCUUUUUUUUUUUUAAAGUGCCAGUUGAGGGAAUCGACCUAGAGAGAUGGGUGGGACUAAAAACGUGCAUUGUUUCUUAUUUUAUUUGAAGGUUGUAAGAGUUACUGUCUGAUUUGAUGUUAAAGAAGUCAAUACCAUGUUGAGUUCAAUGGUUUCUCGUUGGUCUGUACAGUCUAAGUCUCUCAUUUUGUGUCAUUUUUAUUUAUUGGUGUGGAUCUAGGUUUCCCAAAAUCAUCCUGUUAAUCAGUUUAUCAAAUUCUCUUAAAGCCUAUUCAUGGGAGAACAUGAUCUACUGUAAGUAAUAAAAUGCCUUUGGGAAACCCAGCUUAUACAUGAUGUAAAGAUGUACAGAGAGGGUCGGGCAGUUUGCCCACACCCAGGAUGUAAACCUCAUAACUAUGUCAUAUUUUAAAUACACAUAGAACAUGACUGCAGCAAUGUCAUUUUGAAUGUCUUAUUAUGACUUAUUUUUAAUUUUGCAUGUAUAUUUCUCUGUACAGAAGAUUGUGUUUACAUGUUACUAAGUGUUGUAAAUAUUUUAUUUUGUCUUCUGUUAUUUUGCCAUUAAACGUACAAGGAACAAC